GCCUUUGACACUUUUGUCGCACGCAAAUGCCGUCAGCAAAGACGCGCGAGCAGGUGAAGCGAAAUUCACGAAAUAAAUUGUUGCACAGAGUAAAUCUGAAAAUGACGGAGAAUGAUGUGGACAAUGAGCUGUUAGACUACGAGGAGGAUGAGGUGGAUGCGACAGGAGGUGUCGGGGACGGAGGGCUCGCUGGAGACGGCAGCACUGUGGCCUUGAGGAAAGAGGGACUCAAAGGAUCCUACGUUUCCAUCCAUUCCUCAGGGUUCAGGGACUUCCUGUUAAAGCCUGAGCUCCUUCGAGCCAUCGUGGACUGCGGUUUCGAGCAUCCAUCUGAGGUUCAGCAUGAGUGCAUUCCACAAGCCAUCUUGGGCAUGGAUGUGUUGUGCCAGGCCAAGUCCGGGAUGGGGAAGACGGCUGUCUUUGUCUUGGCGACGCUACAGCAGCUGGAACCAGUGACUGGACAGGUCUCAGUGCUGGUGAUGUGUCAUACCCGAGAACUGGCAUUCCAGAUCAGCAAAGAGUACGAGCGUUUCUCCAAGUACAUGCCUGCUGUCAAGGUGGCUGUGUUCUUUGGCGGUUUGCCGAUAAAAAAGGAUGAGGAGACGCUGAAGAGGGAGAGUCCUCACAUAGUGGUGGGAACGCCCGGCCGCAUCCUGGCCCUCUCACGCAACAAGAGUCUCAACCUGCGCCACAUCAAACACUUCAUCCUGGACGAGUGUGACAAGAUGCUGGAACAGCUUGACAUGCGACGUGACGUUCAGGAGAUUUUCCGCAUGACCCCACACGAGAAGCAGGUCAUGAUGUUCAGCGCCACCUUGAGCAAAGAAAUCCGGCCUGUCUGCCGAAAGUUCAUGCAAGAUCCCAUGGAGAUCUUCGUGGACGACGAGACCAAGCUGACCCUGCACGGCCUGCAGCAGUACUACGUCAAGCUGAAGGACAACGAGAAGAACAGGAAACUGUUUGAUCUGCUGGACGUGCUGGAGUUCAACCAGGUGGUGAUCUUUGUGAAGUCAGUGCAGCGCUGCAUCGCUCUCGCUCAGCUGCUGGUGGAGCAGAACUUCCCUGCCAUCGCCAUCCACAGAGCAAUGCCUCAGGAGGAGAGGCUCGCUCGAUAUCAGCAGUUUAAAGACUUUCAGAGACGCAUCCUCGUGGCCACGAACCUGUUUGGCAGAGGAAUGGACAUCGAAAGAGUCAACAUCGCCUUUAACUACGACAUGCCCGAGGAUUCAGACACGUACCUGCACAGGGUGGCCAGAGCGGGCAGGUUUGGCACAAAAGGUCUAGCCAUCACGUUCGUCUCAGAUGAAGGCGAUGCCCGAACGCUGAAUGACGUUCAGGACAGGUUCGAGGUGAACAUCAGCGAGCUUCCAGAGGAGAUCGACAUCUCGUCUUACAUUGAGCAGACGCGGUAAAGCAGACCCAGAGAAGAGGCGGCGAGCUGUGUACAGGACGCCUGACAGAGCAGCGCUCGGUAGCCUGCGUUUCACACAGACUGUUAGUGAAGUUUAGCGAGAAUGUAAACCUGAAAAAAACAACAAAAGAUCAUCUCUAGCUCUAGUAAUCCAGAACUUACACGGGUUCUUAAAUGCCUCUGAAGUUUCUCUGACGCUUAUGCCUUUUUAUUUUAAGAUACAAAGCCAAGACGUGCUUGGUAAAGGGUUUUAUUUCCAUUUCAAAAGGUUUCUUUUAUUUCCUGAUUGUGUUACUGCAGUGGUUGUUUGUUUCGUUUUUGUCCGCGUGUUGGGUUGAGCUCCGUUAGUUCACUCGUAAAUGAAGCAUCAGUUUAAACCAGUCGAAUACUAAGCUGUUAUAUCGUAGUUAUUAAUGAAGGCAUGAUGGAAAUGUUGUAAAAGAGUGUUAAUGUGCCUGAUGCACUAAUGUGUGUUCUGUGUUUAGUGCUUGUCAGAAAAAUAAUAACACUGUUUGUUUAUUUACAGCUACUUUUGUCUUAAUAAUCAAAACGUGUGCAAUAUUGUAUUGAAUUAACAUUAGUAUUGAGAUGCUGUACAGUAAAGGUGCUUUAGGUGCAAGUUUUCCUUUUUAUAUUUCAGAACUGGUUGCAGUUGCAAUCAUUAGUCGUUGAAAACCUACAGUAAAUCUCGAUUAACCUGUAAGACUUCUAGGGUUUUUUUUUUUUUUUCAGUGAAAUGAAUAAAAGAGCACGCUGUUUUUCCUACAUAAUGCACCUUUAGGGUUUUUUGGUACUUCUCAUAGCGCUUACCAGUAUUCAAAAUUCAAAACUGAAUUUCAUAAUUAAAUACAAAAUCCAAA